AUGCAGACGGCUGCGUAUCUGAAGAGUUUGCCCGUGUUACCCGCUGCGCAACAGGACAUCGUCAUUGAUACUUAUAUGCACAUCGUUGCCGAGUCCAACUCUACAGAGGGCGGCUACGCUUUAAGAAAAGAUGUCGAAGAGCAGUUCCAAGUCUUGGUAGACGGCUUCAAAGGCUCUGGUAUAAAUUUUACCCUCAAGGACAUAUCUUGGACUGUCAAGAAAGACUUGUCGAACCUUCGCGGAGGGACUCAACCGCAAGCCAAGGCCCUUCGCAAAGGUGGCUACAAUACGCUCAAUCUGUAUUAUGUCAAGUUCAUUGACGGCGCCGGCGGCUAUUGCAACUAUCCGGUGCGCAACCCCAGUAAGAGCCAGAUGCUCGACGAUGGCUGUUGGCAGCGAAUCAGCACUAUGGCGUACAACAAGACGCCGCGCAAGAUGGUCAAGACAACGACACACGAAGUAGGUCAUUGGCUCCAUCUGUUCCAUCCGCACGAGGGCGGCUGCAACAACCCAGGUGACCAUGUGGACGAUACGCCUGCCGAGAAGCUGGAGGAAUUUAAAAUCUACGAGUGCAACAACAAGGACAAGGAUACGUGUCCGAAGAUGCCGAGAAAAGACCCUAUUCACAACUACAUGGCAUAUGUCUUUGACUCGUGUAAGGAUCACUUUACGCCCGGGCAAAAGGAAAGAAUGAGAGUCGCCUGGGAUAAGCUACGAAAGGGUCGCACGGUUGUAUAG